UGAACGUGGGGGGAGUAAUCUAACGGCUGAGAGUACUCGAGUGUUUUUAUUAUCCUCCUCCCUUUGCGGCUCCCACGUGUAGUGACUACAUACGUCAACUCAUUGACAACAAAAUCACCACCAUCAUCAUUAUCCCGUAACACCGACCGUUGGAUCAAAACGCAACAAAAUAAAAUCUGAGCGGGUAACUUAAACCAACACUCAGAUCGCCAACGUGGCACUAUCCACUAUACAACUAUAUAUACACACACAUCUUUAAAUCAAACUUUUAUCCAAAAACCGUAAACCGCCACUAAACCGAAAAAACCAAUUAGAUCCAAAACCAAUGGAUUCGUCACCAGCAGCGAAGCCGGCGAGAGGAGCCGGAGGAAGAAAAGGAGGAGACCGUAAAAAGAGCGUCACCAAAUCCGUCAAAGCCGGUCUCCAAUUCCCCGUCGGACGUAUCUCCCGUUACUUGAAGAAAGGCCGUUACGCCGUCAGAUACGGCGCCGGUGCUCCCGUUUACCUCGCCGCCGUUCUCGAGUACCUCGCCGCCGAGGUAUUGGAGCUUGCGGGGAACGCGGCGAGGGAUAACAAGAAGAAUAGGGUAAACCCGAGGCAUCUUUGUUUGGCGAUAAGGAACGAUGAGGAGUUGGGGAAGCUGCUUCAUGGAGUUACGAUCUCGAGUGGAGGUGUGCUUCCGAAUAUUAACGCGGUUCUUCUUCCUAAGAGAGCUGCUGGUUCUGAGAAGGGUGAGAAGACUGAGAAAGCUGCCAAGUCUCCUAAGAAGGCUUAAGCUCUUUUUUGUUAUAUCGAUCUAGAAGAAGAAGAAAUGAAGAUCUUGUUUUUUUUUUUUAAAUUUUUUUUUGGUUUAGAAAUUAUUAUGUAGGUAUGUUUUAUCUCCGUUUGUUUUGUCUAUGAAGCUAGUAGAUGAUGUUCUUAAUCCGUUUUGUAAUGAAAGAAGUAUCUUCACAGUUUUAAUCUAAUACACCCGCAGAUAGAAAUUGAGUCUUUUAAAGAUCUUUUAUUGAAAUCC